AUGGCUUCUUCGGAGAUCGACCAAAAAUUUCUUGGCAAGUUUGCCCGGCUAGUCGAGAAUGAAAACCCCCUGCUUUCCUCCGUCCUGUUCAAAAUUCUUGGACUUUCGAUAAACCUCUCGAGCCAGCUCAUCACCGCACGAAAACAACGCCGACAAGACGGAGGCUCCGGAAAUCCCCCAUUAGACCUUCAUCUCCACAUUAUCUGGCUAUCGCGGGAGGGGCUGCUACUGCUCGAUCAAUAUGUCCUGCCGUCGGUGACGCUUAAGAAGAAUAUUGAACUCAAAAUUCUAGCAUACAAGCUGCUAGCUUCGUUCUAUCACAUUAUCGUCCUGUAUCACAACACUCCGCCAGUCACGACGAUAGGAACCAACACUCCGGAAGGCAGUGUAACGAAUGGCCUCGACAAGGGAAAGGGGGUCGUGAAGAGCAAUGGCACAUACGGUCACGGCGCUUCAAAGUCGAUAUCUGAAGGGGGACCCGUAGGUCCACCACCUGGUUUUGGCCCACAAUCACCAACAGGCUUCCUCAUGAAGCCCGGGGACUACCUACCACUGGCCCAGCAAUGCUUCACGGAAGCUAUCGCGCUUGCCGAGCAGCACCUGUGGGGAUCACAUUCGCUACGGCUUUCGGUCAAGACGGAAUAUGCAGCUUUCCUGUACGAAUGCGUUCACGAUGCAGAGGCUAGCCGAAGACUAGCAAAGGAGACCGUUUCGGAGGUGUAUGAGGCCACGGAAGGCAUCGACAAUGACAUGUUCAACGACGCGUGCGAGCUUGUCACUGUCCUUGGGAAAAUGAUGAAGCGUGGUCUGGGAUCGAAUAACACCCUUCGAAGCAAGGGUCACGGAACGUCGAAUUCUGGCUCCCAGGGGACACCCAGGAUCGAACAGACAGAGGCUCAGGCACCAGUUACAGCUCCACCAGGGAUGAUAUGA